AUGCAUGAGACCCAGACCCACUCAAAAUGGAACGUCAAUGAGAUUGUCAUUAAAGUCUGCAGAUUCUUUUGGAUGGAGUACAACACCCCCCUUGAUGAGACACCAUUAGGCAUUAAUGCUCAAGGCACGAGUGAAGGUGAAGAAAACGACCGGUAUCCGGUUGAAUUUGAUUUUGAUGGAUUGACGCUCGCAUCGGUGCGUGGAAGGAAGAAUGAGGUUCAAGAAGAUGUACCUGGAACAUCUCUCGGUUUGACAUCCAGUGUCGAAUGUAUCAAUAGCAUUGAUCGCGUCCACGAGCUGCAUCGUACUGGAAAUGAUGCAUUCUACUAUGAUGACAACUCUAGAAAGAUCCUACUCAGUUCGAGUAUGGGUAGUGUCAAGACAACAAGUACUACCGAAGAUUUUGCAAUGUCUCAACGACAGCGACAAAAUAAAGAGAUUCAGCGAGCAAGUACCAUAGGUCGUUCAACUGGAGAAGAUACUAGUCGGAGCAGAUUUCAAAUGAGCUCAACGGCAGCGUCUGCUGGGUUCCCUAUGGCUAAGAAGAAAGAAGUGACGGCAGUCGUGAUGCGUGGCUGGCUGCAAAAGAGAAAAGGUCGUGUCCUGAAGCGGUGGAAACCGUACUAUUGUCUUUGGAAAAGUGAUGACAGUCUUUGUCUGUAUGCGAGCGAGGACACAGUGAACGGCCGAUUAGAACAGCGGUACCAAGUCUUGCGAGUUGUGCUCACAGACAAGAACGACUCGUUCAACAUUUUUUGUGUGGACUCUGAAAGUGAGCCACGACGUGAGGAAUUUCGGGUUCCAAUAUCAGCAGAGUGGAUAUGUUGGUUUCAAGUGUUUGGCAGGUUUUUUGACAAGUCAUCUUUGGUGCAAGCACGGCUUCUUAAGCCUGGGCUUGUAUCUUCAAAGUUAUCGAACGAAACUGAAGAGGACAGUUGGAUUGACUACCACAGUGAUGUUGACCCAGUGACCAACGCCGUAUUGCCGAAACACAUGACCAACCAUUCCUACGAUGGGUGCCACAGUUAUUCCAGUCAAAGCAAGCAGUCUGCUACAACAGGUUGUGAUUCGUACAAUGGAAGUGGUUAUGACAAACUGUCCACACCCUCCUCUUUCUCAGGAUCAUCAGCUUCGAGUAAGUGUCCAACAACUUAUGAAACGAACACGUCACAACUGAAGCGAGGCUCAAAGUUGUAUGACUGCUCGAUGAUUGAAUGCAAAAGCCAAGAAACUGUGCCGAUAUGA